CAGGGAGGCGUCUCCAACUCACAACACAGGAGGGCCGGAUCAAGAGGACACGAACGGAGAUGCCAGGGAAAGGAGUAUUAAAGGGCAGCGCUGGGACUGAUAAAACUGUCUCCAAAGAAAGAAAAAGGCUCAAAUGAGUAGUGAUAUAGCAGCGAUCGCUUACGCUGUGAAGUACCCGCACCCCGCAACCGCAAGGAUAAGUUACCCAGACUUUCGGCAGCAGCUGCGGUCGGCUCAUCUCUGAAGACGGAGCGCAGUGGCUUCUAGGUUCGCUCCAGCGCUAUUACUUGAAAUUCCGAAACGAACGGCUGUGGGUAACUGCUUUCAGCACCUCCGAUAAGGACAGCUCCCGUCGUCUCUUCUGUCUCAACCAGGCACCGCACACCUCGUCCAGUUUUGCGCUCAAAUGAACAAACACCCCGGUGGAGCUGUAGCCUGAUUGUUUAACUUAUAAGAUCUGCCUGGGCGGGGUGGAAACGUCGUUUCACCUUCUACUUCUCAAUAUGUACCAGGGGCACUUACAGGGGAAAGGCUCUAGGGCUGCAGAUAAGGCUGUUGCCAUGGUGAUGAAGGAGAUACCAAGUAAGGAACCUACAGAAGGAAAACCCCGCCUCACAGUGACAUCCCAGCUGGUGAAUGAACAGCAGGAAAGCAGACCCCUUCUGAGCCCCUCCAUAGACGAUUUUUUGUGUGAAACUAAAUGUGAUGGUACUCCAAGGGCAGUAACGUCGAAUACAGCAGUGCUUUCACCAGGCUUAGAUCUGCUAGAUUUGAGUGAACCAACGGUCAAAAAUCAAACAAAAUGCAAAAAAAAUGAACUGAGUUUGAGAAGCGAAGGGUCAAAAGGACCAUCUCACCGAAGGAAAACUGAAGAGACCGAAUUGAUCAAAGUAGACAUUGAACAAAGUGUACACAGUUCCCGAACACCAGAGAGAAUAUCCCUGGAUUCCGUUAAUAUACCAGCGCCUUUAGAAAAAUGGGAAGAAGCAAAUUCACACGUAGAGCGUAAUGGAAGCAGAAAGUGGAAGCUGGAAAGGAGACGUUCUUCUAAAAAUACGUCAAGUGAGUUAUUAUGGUUAACAGAAAACAGAACACAAAGCGAAUUGGCAACAAAGAGCUCCUUAGAAGUUAUUUCUGCUGUAGACGGAGAGCCAGCAUCUCAGGGUCAUUUAGGGAAAGAGCAACGCUGGGGAAGUUCACUUCUGUCCAGAAACCAGUCCUUAGAAGAAGAAUUUGAAAGAGCAAAAGCAGCUGUAGAGUCUGACACUGAAUUCUGGGAUAAGAUGCAGGCAGAAUGGGAAGAACUGGCACGUAGAAACUGGCUGACAGAAAACCAGAAGCCUCAGAUUCCAUCUUGCAUCUCCUUGCAUGAAAAAGGUUACUACUUUAAUACAGACAACCCAUUUAAAGACUGGCCCAAUGCCUUUGAAGAAGCAGUAAGGAAAGUCAAAGAAGGAGACCUGCCCAAUGCAAUUUUGCUUCUAGAGUCAGCAAUUCUUCAAGACCCUCAUGAUUCAGAGGCCUGGCAAGUGCUAGGAACCACACAGGCAGAGAAUGAAAAUGAACAGGCUGCAAUUGUUGCCCUCCAAAGGUGUCUUGAAUUGUCUCCCAAUAACCUUGAGGCUCUAAUGGCUCUGGCAGUAAGCCUCACAAAUACAGGCCUGCAGCAGGAAGCUUGCGAAGCUUUGCGGAACUGGAUCAUGCAUAACCCAAAAUACAAGAGACUGGCAAAAACCAAAGCCGGGUCUCCCAGCUCUGCCCGCAGGAUGUCCCACAUAUCAGCAACCAGCAGCUCAUUCCUUUCUGAAGUGAAGGAUCUAUAUUUGGAAGCAGCCCGACAGAACCCGAGUAUUAUUGACCCGGACUUACAAACAGGCCUAGGAGUGCUUUUCAACCUGAGCUCAGAGUUCAAUCGAGCUGUGGAUGCCUUUAAUGCUGCACUUGCUGUCAGGCCUGAGGAUUAUCUGCUGUGGAAUCGACUUGGUGCCACACUGGCGAAUGGCGAUCGGAGUGAAGAAGCAGUUGAGGCCUAUACCCGGGCUCUAGAUAUUCAACCUGGGUUCAUUAGGUCAAGAUACAACCUGGGGAUCAGCUGCAUCAACUUGGGGGCAUAUAGGGAAGCAGCCAGUAAUUUUCUCACUGCCUUGAGUCUGCAAAGAAAGAGCAGAAGUCGACAAUUGUCCCACCAGGUCAUGUCAGGAAAUAUUUGGGCUGCACUGAGGAUAGCCCUUUCCAUGCUGGAUCAGCCUGAACUUUUCCAAGCAGCUAAUGCAGGAGACUUGGAUUUACUCAUGAGAGCCUUUAAUCUAGACAUGUGAAAGCAGUAUUUGUUUUUUCUUUAUAUUCUGUUUUUCUAGGAAUUUUAAAUCCAAAGUUGGUUAGAUAAAUGCAUAUUGCAUGGUUUAGCACUGGGAAUUUGUAUCCAAUCUGCCGAAGAAGACCAUCAUUCUGGGUUACUGCCAGAUAAAAAUUGAAAGGAGCACUUUCCUAAUUUUUAGGAAAGAACAUGGAAGCUCCAGCUGAAGCAGAUUGAACAAGAAUGCCUUAGACAAAAAUCCCGUAGAAAUGUUAAUAGAACUGGGAGAAAUAUACAGUAACUAGGGGCUGAAAGCAAAAUGUCUACAGAGAAGUUCUGAAUAGUUACAUUUCAGUCGCAUGUAGACUUAUUUGACCAUAUGAUCCAAAAUGUCCCAGGGAUAUCAAUAGUGCACUCCUCAGAAAAAAGAAAAAAAAAACAAAAACAUACAUACACCGCACAACGCUGAAAAGUAGUACCUCGUCAUAUCCUUUCUGCAGUUUAACAGGAUUUGUUAGACAGAUACCCGCAUGCCUACUGUUAAGUUUAAAUGAAUCUUUAAAAAUAAGUUGCAAGCAGCUUCUAAUAUCUGACUUUACUACUUCAAGUGUUGGUGUCAGUCAUGAACAAAUAUAAAAGGUAGUACUGUAAACUUGAAACUUUUCAUACCUAACAAGCAAUACAGUAUGCCUAGUCUGCUGUGAUGUUAAUGCAUGAAACCUUGCUUACAUAUCCAGUAAUAGGCCAGCAUGUAGAGGGAUCCCUGGUCAAUGGGUGCUGUCCAUAGGGCAGGCCUUAUUACCUAUUGUUAUUUCAAAUGAAUGAAAGACAUUGCACAACACAGUGAAACACACUAGACUGAAGCUAUACAGCAAAAGUGUGCACCUUUUUUAUAGUACCAAUUCCUGUGUUUAGAUAUCAGUUAUUAUGCCAUAGAACUUUGAUUGACCAGCAUGUCAGCUUCAUGCUGAUCAGAAAUGCUAGUCUAUGUAUCAGUCAGACCUUUUGCAAAAGAAAUGAACAAUUACCAUACUAUAUUCCAAAAACAAAAGACAGUGAAAUGCAACCACUGGGGUCUGAAACACAAAUUGUAUUUUUUAAAACUCCACAAUGGACAACAUCCGAACAACAUUUAAACUUGAGCAUUCUUACAUUUCAGUAAAGCUCACCAGAAUUGCUUGAUUUGAAAGCACCAUUCUGAUUGUUUUUGUCUGUCAAAAUCCUUUCUUUAACCUAUUCACAUCAAGGUCACAGGGGGAGUUGGUUGUCCUUCCCAGAAAGAUCUGGUGCAGAGUAGGAACAAGUCCUUGAUUGGGUGCCAGCUCUUUGCAGGUUAAACACACACUCACAAUAGUGAGGUUUCCAAUAAACCAAAUCUGCAAGUCUUUAGGUAAAUGGAAGAAAAAUAAGAUUACCCUGAAAAAAAUAAAAUUAAAAGACAGAGAGAAUGUGCAAAAUCAGUACAGGCAGUUGUCUCCCUAAACUUGAACAUAAUGUUGUACUGCUACAGUAUGAAGCAACAGCGUUCACUACUGAACUAUAGGUCUGCCCAUUAUAUUAAAAUAUUGUGCUAUCAAAUCAAAAUUAUCUCAUAUAUUUUAAACAUUAAAGACAAGAAGCAGAGUCAUAGUGAAGACCUCCACACAUCUGAGGGAAACACAUAUUACAAUAUAUUACCAGGAAACACAUUUACAGGAUUGAAAUGGAAUUAUGGCAUUUGGGCAAGUCAACUUUUUCACUUGCAAAGUAUCAUUUGAAUUAUUGUUCAAAAUGGGGGCUCACUGUGUGUAUUACUUCAUACAUCUGCAGUGCUUACACUAAUACUCAACAAACAUAAAAGGUCUUAAAAAAGAUGUUUGUAGGGUAAGUUAUGUCACAAAGUAAAAUGCUUCAAAAUUCUAUUACGGAAAACUGUUACAAAUUUCCACCUAAAGCAUUCAUGAAAGUAAAAUCAAUUUCCAAUAGGCAGAAUAUUAUUCAAGAUACAUCCCAUGCAAUUGUUACUAUUUAAUUAUAGAAAUAUUUAAGAGGAACUCCUGCACACGUUUCAAAGACAGAUUAAUGGCUAUUCCCAAUUUAGUAACAUUUCUUUUGCUGAAAAUGACGGUGAUGGAUGACAUCAAGUAUGCUUCCACUCCUUUGCAACUUCUAUAUUCUGCCUAAUUUUGAAGUGUGCAUAACACUUGAGGCAAAGUUCAAUUCAAUACAAGCAGAUAUUCCUUCUCCCCAAUAAUUCCAUUUCAUUUACAAACACAGUGUUUUCUAGAUCCUUGUCAUUAUCUCCAACUCCCAUAGGUGUCCCUGUUUGUGUAUUUUUUUAAUAUUUUUCUUUUUCAGAUACUCAGGUUUUUUCUUCCAUAUUCCAAUGAUAUGUUUUUGUAACUUGUGGCAAUACAUUUGCCCUUUAUGAGUGAGAGUGGUUGUGUAAAUGAAUAUACCCUGUGAUGCUAAGGUAUCCCAUCCAGGCUUGGUUUCUAGGCAUGAUAAAGGCAGUAAUACCUGUGCCAGCUCUUGCCCUCCACAACCCCAUACUUGGAUUGUGCAGUUUUUGAAAUGGACAGGGUGACUAUGAAGUUGUUUGAUUAAUCAAAAAAGUGAAAAGUGAAGAUUUGUGACUGCUGGAAGUCUGCACUUUAAAAGGUUAUGUAAGAUCAUGUGCAAUGUUGCUGUUCAAACCACAAUACCUCUUUGAAGCAAGAGUCACCUUUUUCACGUAUUAUAUGGUAAUCUCUUAAUUUAACCAAUUUUAAAGCUCAUCUGAACUAUAUCUGAGCACUUUAAACAAACAGUAUCAUGUAAAUUUAAACACUGUAUGUUUUCCAAAUUUGAUUCAGUGCAAUCAGAAACAGCAUCCUUUCAAAGUGACCUGUCCAGAUGCAUGUGGUAUGUCACCAGUUUUUACUAACUGACAUUUAUUUGAAGUGACAUUGCAAGAACCAGCCAAUUUACAAUUUAGUUUUCCUAUUCCUCCAUUGAUUAGUUAAAAGAACAUACAAUAUUUUACAAUAGUUAAAACACUGAUAAAAAAGUUAAUUGAAUACACAGAAAACAAACAGAACACACAGUAGUUAUAUCAGGGUAUAUCAGAAUAAACAUAAUAUUAGUUUAUUUUUUAAUGUUCUUUGUGAUUGUUUUUUGUCAUCAAAGACACUGUAUAAAGCAGCCAUACUGCCAUGAUACAUUUUUCUGAACCUUAUCCUUUUAAUGCACCAUAUCUUCUUAAGGUGAAUAAUUCUUCAGUUAAAAACACAAGUAUGAUUUUCAAAGCAUUUUUAAUUAACCUAAUAACUGUGUAUUAAUACUGCACAGAGGGUGAUGUCUAUGUGAAGAGGAUUUGCUGAACUUUAACACAUACUGUACAUGUUUGAAUGUUCCUGUAGAAUAGUAGUUCCCAAACUUAUAGAUACUUCCAUGCCAGUUCUGUGGUUACAGCUAGUGCCUCAUAAUUCCUACACCCAUAUUCACUCAAAGGCCAGCUGCUUUUUUGUGAUGGUUUUACUUUCUUACUCUGCCUUCACGGACAUUUUAGGUUAACUGGCAUCUCUAAAUUUACCCAUCCCUAUCCAAGGUUGAAUUUUGCGUUGCACCCAGUGCUCCUAGGAUAGAAACUUGCUCCCUACAACCUUGUCAUGGAUAGUUCAGAAAAUGAAUACAGCAAACCAUAGAACAGGACAAAUGUUUAAAAGUGAAGUUACAGAAUUCAUUCAACAUUAAUUAACAAAUACUUUUCUGCGUUGUCUAAUGGUGCUAUUAAAGAUCUGAAAUGUCAUCUUACAAUUCCAUUCUACUUUAAAAUAACAAUUUACAAGUGCUAGUCUGUAGCACUUCUGCACAGAUUCACAAUGCGGCCCCCUCUUCAAAACCCAAUUUGGCAUUUGUGUCAAUCUUUUUCUGCCUAAUCACACAAUUUUUAUGCUGGAGGCAGAAAUAACAUUAAAAACUUUACAGUCAUUGUAAAAUACUAUAGUGAAAAUAAGAAGUUAAUCGAAGGACAGAUGCAAUAUACUGAGAUUACAUACUUCACAAGUAUGAGCUUUCUUUAUUUAAAUUCACAAUAAAACCUUUUAUAUACCGAAAAAUGUACCCUAUUAAUAAUUUAAAAAUAAAAUAAAAGGUAAAAUAUAUGGCUUAAAGUGCAAUAAGAAAGUACAAAUAACAAAAGAUAAUUUUAAUAUUAAAGAAAACAUUUGGAGAAAAUGGAUUGAAAAUGUAAAAAUAUCCAGAUUAAACAAUAUUUUUAUUCCAAUGUUGUAUACACUAUUUUGUAAACGGUCAUUUGCGAGUAGACACACUGCCCUCUCCUGAUUUUCUUUCAAUAUUGCAGGCACCUUGAAUGGUAUUUCAAGGUCACUUUACCUCGGCAGGAAAUCAGGCUUUUUUUUGUAAGCCAUAAUUAAACAGCAGAGAAAACGGCAAAUAGUCAGUCCAUGCCCAAGGGUAUUUUUUUGCUACAAGAAUGUAGGUCGGGCACAAUAUGUGGGUGCAGUGAAUCCACAAGUUUAUUGCUGUAAAAAUAUUAAGAAUUUUUUUCUAAACAGAAAGACACAAGCAAAAAUGAAUCUGUGAAGACCAGAAAUAAGUGUUUCAGCAGUGGUAGAGUCUAGGAAUCAAACUCAUAUUACACCCCUUAAUAUCAGAAAUCUUGUGUAGUUUUCAAAAUAAAUACAUUAAGAAUGUAAAAGUUGUAUGCUUUUCCACUAAGGCUAAACAAUAGUUAUAUAAUCACUUAUGGUAAAAUGGAAGAUUAUUUUUCAAAUGUUUAAAGGACAGUAUAUAUUUUAAAGAAAUAUAUUUUAUUAUAACCUAUUUAAGUAAAGGUAAGGGGUAUGUGGGAUUCUCAUCUCAGUCUAAUGUAGAGUUUUGAUGAGUGAAUAUGGAAAAGCUGCAGUAAAGUAUAUAAUCUACAGUGUCAACAAAUCAUCACUUUGUUUCUUCAGUCUACAAAACAUAUACUAUAAGGAUAUUUUCCAAAAAAAAAAAAAAAACCUCAAUUAUGCAACUCUUUCUUGCUGGACAAUCUGUCCUUUACAUUGAGGACAUUUUAAUGAGUGAUCACCAAACUACAUUUUUAAGGUUUAUAUCAGUUCUUGGCGGAAGGCAAUGCCAAAAGCAGCAAUUCAGUACACUAAUGUUGUUUUGUAAUAAUGUGGGACCUUACUAAUAUACAGGUUAUAUUUUAUCAUUUAUAAAUUUAUAUGCACAGUCUAGCUGUGUCACUCCUGUGGGUCAAAUAUAAAAUAUUGGGUUUGAUGCAGCUCAAGCACAUUUAGAAGAUAAAGCUAUUUGAAAAUUCCUGCUGUAAUGCUAUAUGGGUGUAUUUCAGUCACUGUUGCCAUUCAAGUUUUUAAAAAUGUACUCUUGUGAACAGAAGAAAAAGUGGAGAACAUGAAGACUGGACAGGCAAAAAGAAGUUGUUACAGCAUCUUUUUAAAAUACAUUUCCAUAAGUAGUUCAAAUUACUGUAAUCAAGAUGCACAGAAUGACAAAAGAUGCCCUGCUUUCUGGUUUCCACAAUGUUCCAUGAACUUUCUAGCAUGGACAAUAUUAGCCACCUGCUCUGUAAAUUGUAAUUGUUGAAUCCAAAAAUACAUCUAAUAAGUCAAUAAUUCCUGUUAAACUCUUAAGAAAAUGUUGAAACAGUAGGUAAAUGUUCUGUUUAUUUUUUUAAAAUGUUUAUUGCAUAAUUCUCUUAUUGAAUACAAAACUAUAAAAUAAUUUAGGCUACCAAAUGGAAUAAAAAUAUUUUUAAAAAAAGUAACUAUCAUCUCAGGUAUGACAAAUUAGUUAACUGCAUGCAUGAGACAUAUAAUUAAAGAGAAGCAUGCAUACUUUUUUGAAUGCUAUUGUUGUCUUUUAAUGCAUGAGAAUUUACAAGCCAUUCUUUUACUUUUUUAGAGUUUAAAAUUACAGAAUUGCUUUGUCAUUACAAUACACUUGAAUUUUCUUCUCUGAUUCCUUGAAGCAGAGUAAAAGCUGUAUAGGCUAAUAAAUUAAUAUGUGCCUAA